CCUGAGGAGCAGCCAUCCGCCGCGGGGACCAUGGCGAGCGCCGCCGAGCCCCCCGGCACGGCGGACGAGUACCUGCAGGAGCUGACCCGGAUCGUCGCGGCGCAGCAAGAGCUGCUGGCGCAAAGGCGGCGGCGCAUCGAAGAGCUGGAGCGCCAAGUGGCGCGGCUGAGCCGCGAGAACGCCGGCCUGCUGGAGCGGCACCGGCGACACCUGGCCGCGUGCGCUCGGCGACCAGACCCGGGCCCUUCGCCUCUCGGGGCCAUCCCAGAGCUCGGCAGCCGCCGCGACAAGUCUGAAGAAGAGAGUUCCCGCAGCAUCAGGAGCUCCCUGGAGACCGGAAGCAGCCUCUCCACUGACCGAUACAGUGUUGAGGGCGAGGCCCCCAGCAGCGAGACUGGCACAUCGCUGGACAGCCCCUCAGCCUACCACCAGGGUCCCCUGGUGCCUGGUUCCAGCCUGAGCCCAGACCACUACGAGCACACAUCAGUGGGCGCCUAUGGGCUGUACGCAGGGCCAGGACCACAACAGCGCACACGGAGGCCCCGGCUGCAGCACUCGACCUCAGUCCUGCGCAAGCAGGCUGAGGAGGAGGCCAUCAAGCGCUCUCGGUCACUCUCUGAGAGCUAUGAGCUCUCUUCAGAUCUGCAAGAUAAGCAGGUGGAAAUGCUAGAACGCAAGUAUGGGGGACGCCUCGUGACCCGCCAUGCAGCCCGCACCAUCCAGACGGCGUUCCGCCAGUACCAAAUGAACAAGAACUUUGAGCGCCUGCGCAGCUCCAUGUCGGAGAACCGCAUGUCACGCCGCAUUGUGCUGUCCAACAUGAGGAUGCAGUUCUCCUUCGAGGGCCCCGAGAAGGUGCAUAGCUCCUACUUUGAGGGCAAGCAGGUCUCAAUGACCAAUGAUGGCUCCCAGCUGGGGGCCCUGGUGCCGUCAGAAUGCGGAGACCUCAGCGACCCAGCCCUCAAGUCUCCGGCCCCCUCCAGUGACUUUGCAGACGCCAUCACAGAACUGGAGGAUGCCUUCUCCCGGCAGGUGAAGUCCCUGGCUGAGUCCAUCGAUGAUGCCCUCAACUGCCGCAGCCUACACAGUGAGGAGGUACCAGCCUCUGACACAGCCCGGGCUCGGGAUACUGAGCCCAAGCCAGGCCUGCAUAGCAUGGACCACCGCAAAUUGGAUGAAAUGACAGCCUCAUAUAGUGAUGUCACCCUCUACAUUGAUGAGGAAGAGCUGUCACCACCUCUACCGCUCUCACAGGCUGGUGAUAGGCCUUCCAGCACAGAGUCAGACCUGCGGCUGAGGUCUGGGGGUGCAGCCCAGGACUACUGGGCCUUGGCCCACAAAGAGGACAAGGCUGACACGGACACGAGCUGCCGAAGCACGCCAUCACUGGAGCGGCCAGAGCCAAGGCUCCGGGUGGAGCACCUUCCCCUGCUUACCAUUGAGCCACCCAGCGACAGCUCUGUGGAACUCAGUGACCGCUCGGAUCGCAGCUCACUCAAGAGGCAGAGUGCCUAUGAGCGCAGCCUCGGUGGGCAGCAGGGCAGCCCUAAGCAUGGCCCCCACGGUGGCCCCCCCAAAGGCCUCCCCCGGGAGGAGCCUGAAUUGCGGCCUCGGCCCCCCAGACCUCUCGAGAGCCACCUAGCCAUCAAUGGUUCAGCGAACCGGCAGAGCAAAUCUGAGUCUGACUACUCAGAUGGGGACAAUGAUAGCAUCAACAGCACGUCCAACUCCAACGACACCAUAAACUGCAGCUCUGAGUCCUCAUCUCGGGACAGCCUGCGGGAACAGACACUCAGCAAGCAGACAUACCACAAAGAGACCCGCAAUAGCUGGGACUCACCGGCCUUCAGCAAUGAUGUCAUCCGUAAGAGGCAUUACCGAAUUGGCCUGAAUCUCUUCAACAAGAAGCCUGAGAAGGGCAUCCAGUAUCUCAUUGAGCGCGGCUUCGUGCCCGACACGCCAGUGGGGGUGGCCCACUUCCUGCUGCAGCGCAAGGGCCUCAGCCGCCAGAUGAUCGGUGAGUUCCUGGGAAACCGGCAGAAGCAGUUCAACCGUGAUGUGCUCGACUGUGUUGUGGAUGAGAUGGACUUCUCUGCCAUGGAGCUAGAUGAAGCCCUCCGGAAGUUCCAAGCACACAUCCGAGUCCAGGGGGAAGCUCAGAAAGUGGAACGGCUCAUCGAGGCAUUCAGCCAGCGGUACUGUGUCUGCAACCCUGGGGUGGUACGACAGUUCCGGAACCCAGACACCAUCUUCAUCCUGGCCUUCGCCAUCAUCCUGCUCAACACAGACAUGUACAGCCCCAAUGUCAAGCCUGAGCGCAAGAUGAAGCUGGAAGACUUUGUCAAGAACCUCCGAGGUGUGGAUGACGGUGAAGACAUUCCCCGGGAGACGCUGAUCGGGAUCUAUGAGCGGAUCCGUAAGCGGGAACUGAAGACCAACGAGGACCACGUGUCCCAGGUGCAGAAGGUUGAAAAGCUCAUCGUGGGCAAGAAGCCGAUUGGAUCCCUGCACCACGGGCUUGGCUGUGUGCUCUCUCUUCCCCAUCGUCGGCUGGUCUGCUACUGCCGGCUUUUUGAAGUUCCAGACCCCAACAAGCCACAGAAGCUGGGACUGCACCAACGAGAGAUCUUCCUGUUCAAUGACCUCCUGGUGGUUACCAAGAUCUUCCAGAAAAAGAAGAAUUCAGUGACAUACAGCUUCCGGCAGUCCUUCUCCCUCUACGGCAUGCAGGUCCUGCUCUUCGAGAACCAGUACUACCCCAAUGGCAUCCGGCUAACGUCUGCUGUCCCUGGAGCAGACAUCAAAGUGCUAAUAAACUUCAACGCUCCCAAUCCUCAGGACCGGAAGAAGUUCACUGAUGACCUGCGGGAGUCUGUCGCUGAAGUGCAGGAGAUGGAGAAACACCGGAUAGAAUCGGAGCUCGAGAAGCAGAAGGGUGUCGUGCGGCCCAGCAUGUCACAGUGCUCCAGCCUCAAAAAGGAGUCAGGCAACGGGACGCUGAGCAGGGCCUGCCUGGAUGACAGCUAUGCCAGUGGCGAGGGCCUCAAGCGUAGCGCCCUCAGCAGCUCCCUGAGAGACCUCUCAGAAGCGGGGAAGCGAGGGCGUCGCAGCAGUGCGGGAUCGCUAGAGAGCAAUGUGGAAGGCUCCAUCAUUAGCAGUCCUCACAUGCGCCGGAGAGCGACCUCAACACGAGAGUGCCCAUCUCGCCCCCCCCAGCCCGUGCCUAACUCCUCCUCUCUCCUGGGUUCUUUGUUUGGGAGCAGGAGAGGGAAGCCCCCUCCCCAGGCCCACCCACCAUCAGCCCCUCCCCCAGCACCCCCUCAUGCCCAUCACCCUGGGCCCUCAGAGGGCCCACUGCAUGGGCACCAUGCACAGUACUGCCAUGCGCAGCAGAACCCACCCCCCUAUCACCACCACCACCACUACCACCCACCUCCCCACCUGCAGCACACCCACCAGUACCACCACGGCCCACACGGUGGGCACCCCCCAUAUGGGGCCCAUGUGCACAGCCACCCACCUCUACCCACAGCUCACCCUGGUCACGCAGGGCAUGCAGCCCAUCACCAUGGGCAGCCCCCUGCCCCACCACCCCCUACCAGCAGCAAGGCCAAGCCUAGCGGCAUCAGCACAGUCGUGUAGACAGCAUAGGCAGCCGCCUCCCACACACCAGGCACAUGAGGGCCUACCAGGCAACAGCCUCAGACCGGCUCAAGGCACUGGUGUUUUCAUUCCCUCUGCCCCCAUCGCAUGGGUGGGCCCAUGGGCUUGCCUUCCAUGGAGCAGAGCUGCCACUCCAGCUUAGCCCUGGCACCCAGUCCUCCCUCGGCCCGAGGCUGGGCCUCAGCCACCAUUGGCCUUGAGAUGGCACUGACCAAGGAGAAGUGGAACUGCCUCCCACCCUGUCACUCCUCAGUCCCUCUACACACAUCUGAAAACCUAACCUAGCAAAGUAAAUAAG